UUAUAUAGCAUGUGGUCUGCUGCGUGCCUGGCAGCCACAAAGAGGGACUGGCCUUUCAUAGACAACAGCCCUCCAGCUUGUUAAACAACAAAUAAAUCAGAUCAACGGCUUCAAUUUCUAUGGAUCCAAUGAGUGAAAACUCCUCCAAAAGCCUCACAGCGGAGAUCAACUUGGAGAAGCUGCAAAAGAUAGCGGCAGAGCUGAUUCUCCCCGGCAGAUUCCUCCUCAGGCCUCUGAAUGCUGUUCUGGAGUUCAUCAGCAGCCUCCUGGCCUGGAUCUUAGGAUGCAGCCUGGUCCGAAGGCACCUCCACCUCCUGCUGUCAGGACUGGUCCUCUUUGGACCUCUGCUGAGUUUCUGGGUUUCCAAAUACAGCAUCUUCGCUAACGGCAACCACUACCUGUACAGGAAGUUCCUCAGGUCUACCUGGGGUUGGACCUUCGUCCUCACAGGCUCCUUCGUCGUCCUCCUCUCCUUCUCGGCCUGCCGCUCCAUCUCCAUCACCCUUCGCCACCUCUCUCGGAUGGCGCUCUCGGGUGUGCUGUGGUGGGGCUGUCGGCGCCUUGUGACCCUGCUGGAGGACGCGGCCGGGGCCUGCUAUGAACCUCUGGCCCCUGUGCAGGACGGCCAGAGCUCCUCCAUCCCCGCUCAGCCUCUGUUGCUCCUACAUGAGGAUCAAACCAAGGCCUCCUGCCUCAAAGCCAACAUGACGUGGAGAGGCUACGAGGUUUCCCAGGAAACGCUCAUCCUCUGCCUGUGCUGCCUGCUGAUUGUGGAGGAGCUCUCCGUCUUUGGUCGUCACCUGGAACACGAGAAGCGUCUUCACAGGCCGCCUAGCGCUCCCCUGAGAGUCCUCUUCCUUCUGUGUGUGGUUCUGCUCUUUAUCUGGAUGGUCUUGCUUCUGUGCAUGCUUGCAUACUUCCCUGCAUGGCCUUCUCAGCAGCUGGGAGGAGCUCUAGGCUACCUAGGGUGGAGGGGCCUUUAUCAGGGAUGGUACCGCCUGGCACCCAGUCACUGGUCCCCCGGUUUACCAGGAGACGGCCUUUUUAGCGGCGCGGACUCUGAUAAACACUCAAACUAGUUUAAGGGUUUUAAAAUUAAACACAGCAGACUACGGAGAUUCUUGUUGCUUUAUUUUUGUAAUCUGAAACAAAAAUGCAUGCAUCACUUGGAGAGAACAAGCUAAUUUCUGUCAGGACAUGUAUUUUGGAACUUAAUCAGUGUUAUACAACAGUAGCAGUCGCUUGUUUUAAGAUAAAAAAAAGAAGCCAGUCGCCCGACUCAGUAGAUGAGAGCCUUCCCGUCUCCUCUGGGCUUUUUAAUCUUGUCAUAGUUCUUGUUAAUGAUGUCAAACAGCACAGCCUGCAGAGAGAGAGAGAAAGAGUCGACAUUACAGGAUGAAAUCACCCAGACAUGAGACACAGGGAGCUGUGGUCAGGUUCAUCAGUCCCUUUUAUCACAGCCUCCUUUAUCACCAGCAUCAAACGCAGGAAGACAAUGACCGAGGGGACGAGAAGCAAGGGUUAAUGGACAGAACAUGGAGGACUCAUUAAUCCAGCACGAGCGCAGCAAUUAGUUUAAUUGCCUCGCUAUUAACAACAAAUGGAAACCACUUCACCGACGUCUCUCUGCUUGGACGCCAUUUACAUGCUGGACAUCCCGUCCAAAACACAGCAGCUGGUGCUUCCUGUCUAAUGCAUUUGAUUUACAGCGUCCACUCAGCCUUUUUUAAUCACACAGAUAAGGUGGGGGGGGUCUUACGUAUGUGUAGCGGAUGUCCAAGACCACCAGACGAAGCUCGCUGUACUGAUACUGGUCCAGUUCAUGUACCAGCUGUCUGUAGUCUCCCUGCAGCACAAAGAGGCGGUCAGGUUAGAAUAAAAAAAAGAAGAAAACAGUUGUGCAUGCAGAUGGAAGGGGUGCUGAAACAAAACCAGCCUGAUUUACAGCCAUGUUCAGACAUCUGAGGUAACAUAAAAAAAAUGAAUCUGAAAAGUUUUUUGUUUUAUGGUAUAUUGUUAAAAGGUCAGCGUCUUUUAAUCAUCAACACCUUUUCCUGUUUGUCUGUCCCGUCAACGCAUUCUUCCACCUGCAGCUCCCUGUUCCCUGCUCUUAUUGUCCCGCAUGUCAGUUAAGCUGUAACUUUGCUUUAAUAUUAUCCUCAACGUUCCUCCUGACCCGCCUGCUUUGUUCUCUGCUCUUCAUGUUGCUGCUCAGAGGACUUCACAGAAAAAUUUAAUUCAUGAGUAAGGGAGUAGAUCAAUGGGAAAUCCGCACCACGCUUUACAGAUUUGUUAAAAAAAAUAAAUACAAAAGUUAAAACUACAUAUUUUCCAGUCAUUUCUAUCACAUUUGGUCCUAAGGAAGCAAUAGGGUUUCUGGUCGGAACAUGACAGGAUAGAAAACAAAUAAUGUGCUACUCUUAAAACCUUAAUGAUGCAGAUAAACAGAUACUGACCACAUGGGGCUGUUUGGAGGCCUUGGCCACGGCAUCGCCUCUCUCACUGUAAUACCUGCCACAGCAAAGAACAGAGGAUAAUAAACUUUUACUCUUAAAAAAACAA